AUGGGCUGUGCAUCGUCAAAGCAGUUCAAACGAGCUCCUCGGCAUGAGGAUGCUGCUCUUCUGGCCAAAGAGACCACAUUUUCUUUGGAUGAAGUGAAGGCCCUCUACGAGUUGUUUGAAAAGAUUAGCUAUUCUAUAUUCAAGGAUGGGCUCAUCCACAAGGAGGAGUUCCAACUUGCUCUCUUCAGGAACAGCAAUCGGAAAAACCUUUUUGCCGAUCGGAUAUUUGAUCUGUUCGAUCUGAAGCGAAAUGGUGUGAUUGAAUUUGACGAGUUUGUUCGGUCCCUCCAAAUUUUUCACCCGGAUACUCCCAUGGCAGACAAGAUUGCAUUUGCAUUCAGACUAUAUGACCUGCGAGGCACCGGCAGGAUUGAACGUGAAGAGUUGAAGGAGAUGGUGCUUGCAAUCCUGAGUGAAUCAGACCUACUUCUUUCUGACGACGCUGUCGAACAGAUGGUUGAUCAGACAUUCACAGAGGCAGACCUGAACGGCGACGGGAGGAUAGAUCCCGACGAAUGGAAAGCAUUGACAAGCACGAAUCCAGCCUUGCUGAAGUACAUGACUCUCCCAUACCUGAAGUAA